ACGGGUACGGUUUCAUUCCAUCCCAACCAGCCAGCGGAGUCGGUACUGCUUCUCCGAAGCCUGCAGCACGCACACCCUUCGCAUUCGCAUUUUUCGUCGUCGUCGUCGUCGUCGUCGGUCAGGAUACGCGCGCGCUUUUGGAAGGCGAUUUUAUUGGAAGGUGCGAAUUCUACAACCGUCGCUUUACAGCAGAGAAUAGGCAGUGUACUUGUGCGUGUACGUGUGUUUAAUGGACAGAGUGUGGGCUAAACACAGUGACUGUUUUUAAUUUGGAAGUGGUGGGAAAAUAAGUGGUUUAUCUUGUUGCUAAAAAGAAGAAAAAAAAGCCAGUGCGUGUGUUUGUGUGUGGAAGAUAAGCCAGCGGAACGCUCUGUAGACGGGAGGCGACCGGGUAUCAGUGACCAGUGCAGUUGUGUUCUCCCCUCCGCUCCUACAGCUCCUUUCCGGACCAACGCGACGAGUACGGAUACGACCGCAAAUCGGCCGACCACUGCCAACGGGCUGAACCACAAGCAACAAACUUCUCUACUAUCAACAAAAACCCAACCGAGCGGUGCCGCUGUUGUGAUAACCGUGCCCGUCCACCGGCAACUGCGUGCGUGCUGGAGAAAGAGGCUGCAGGCUCUGCUCGGGUGUUUUAAUGCUUUUCUGCGUGAGAAACAGUGCUUCCCCGUAACACGUCUCGAUAAGCGGCGCUGCCACUGCUAGAUGUUGAGAGCGAACUGAGUGUGGAGCGUGCUACUGUGUGUGUGUGUGUGUGUGGACGGACUAAUCGUAACUCGGCGCGCAAUCAAAUCGCAUCGCAAACACCUGCUGCCGCCACGAUGAUGAACGAUCCGGCCGCCCUCGGGAUGAUCCCGUUCGACACGAUCGGGCUGUACGAGCAGCCAAAGCCGCGGUUCAUCUUCAAGAUGCCGCGCGUCGUGCCGGACCAAAAGUCCAAGUUCGAGAGCGACGACCUGUUCAAGAAGCUGAGCCGCGACAGCGAGGUCCGGUACACAGGGUUCCGCGAUCGCCCGAUCGAGGAGCGGCGGGGCCGCUUCCGGGCCGGCUGCUGCGAGGGCCACACGGAGGUGUCGUUCGCCGCCACCGGCAUCAACCUGCAGCUCGUCUUCAACCCGAACCACGGCCUCUACCACCACCCGCACCAUCACCACCAUCACCAUCCCGCCCAUCUCGGGCUGGAGAAGGAGUGCGACUUCGACAAGGAGCACGGCAAGGUUCACAUUAAAUCGCACUUCAUCAUGAACGGUGUGUGCGUGCGCUUCCGGGGCUGGCUCGAUAUGGAGCGGCUGGACGGUAUCGGCUGCCUGGAGAUGGACGAGAAGCGGGCCGCCCAGGAGGACGCGAUCCUGCGGGAGCAGCUCGAGCGGUACAACCAGCGGCUGCGGGACUUCGAGGACAAGCAGCGCACCUACCAGCGCACCACGCAGGACGAGUUCGAGCAGAUGCGCCGGAACGGGUCCGGCAUGGGGGUGGGCGUGACGGCCGGCUCGUCCGGCAUGUGGCGGCGAUAAAGUGCCAACCCGGUGGUGGAGGAGAGGGCGGAGUAAGAGGAAGAAAACACGGUGGAUAAAUUCCCUCCCCCCCCACCCCCACCCCCCCAACCCUUCCCCCACUAAACGCUGCCAAUGAGACGGACGUGCUCUCGCUGCAUGUGCGUGUAUGUGUGUGUGUGUGUGUUUCUCUCUCUCUACGCGGAGUUUGGGGUGAGUUAAGAGAAGAAGAAAAAAAAGAAGAAACAAAAACAAAUCCGCUUAUCUUGCUGGAGAGCACAGCAAGCACGAGCCAUGGCAGGGGCAGGGUUACUCGCCGUGCUGUGUUUUGUUCUUUCCUUCCGUUUACCUUUUGUGCUUGUCUGUUUCCUUGUCUGGAAGUGUUUGUAUAUUGUACAUUUGUAAAUCAAUCUGUGUUAUGGAUUCUUAGUUAUGUGUCCUUCCCGGCCCCUUCCCCCGCUUCCGUCCUACCGUUACCCCUUGCGAAACACGCACACUCCUUUCCUCGUACACCUGGACGUGUACAGUGUCAAAUGGAGAAUCGCAGCCUGCGGAAACAGAGAGAGAGAGAGAGAGAGAGAGAGAGAGAGAGAGAGAGAGAGAGAGAGAGAGAGAGAGAGAGAGAACAUGUGCGUGCUUCUGUGUAUGUGUAUGUGUGAGUGUAUUGUAUUUUGUUUUUAUUUUCACCAGCAAGAAACAAAAACAAAAACAGUAAUGCCUCCAAAAAGAAGACCAAAAAUGUCCGAGAUGGAAAGGGGAGGAGGGGGGGGGGGGGGGCAAUACAUUAGAUUUAAGAUAGGGGAAGCGAGAUAGAAGAUGAGCCUGUUUGCCAUAAAGGUGUUUUUGUUUGUUGUUUUUAGUGAAAUGGUGAUCGUUUUAAUGUGAACAGCUCCAGCGGCAACACAAUACGACACUUGCACACCCACACGCACACACACACACGCACACUCACAGGUAUGCUGUUUUAUGCACACUAUUGUUUAGCUCCCUAUACGACCUCCCCCUCCCCCUUCCCUCCCCACUACGUCCCUUUCUAUCUGUAUCCCGCUGCUCCCCACGUGUACGCGAGAAUGCCAAAACAAGUGAAAGUAGUGAAAUAGUUUAAAUGAAACGUGUUUUGCAGAUGAACGUUUAAAGCAGGUAGCGAG